AUGUGUGGGUGGAUGGGUAAACCGAGUAGUCCACAUAUAGUCCUCGAGGAGAAAGUUUUCCCUCCAUCCUUCCGAGCACUGUUGUCUGUGGUUACCUUUCUACCGUUGUUUUACUGGUUCAAUUUGUGGGUGUUCACAUCCACUUCGUCGCAGGGAUCCAACGCUGAUGCCAAAGCUCCCUAUACUCUCUGGGGUCCAGCAUAUCGCUUCGCCGGCGUUUUCUGGCCAGUCGAUUGGCGCGUUUAUUUUGACUACCGCUGCCAUGCAUUUGUACUUAUUUAUUUGUUCCUGCACUUCUUGAUGGCUCGUUUUAUUCCUUUUGGCAAUCGAUGGAACUACAACACCGAGGCGCGUCGGGCGGGUUACAAAGCAAAUGGUUUGGUCCAUUUCAUGUUGUUUGGCGCAAUCUACGCUGUGGCACAAUUCGGACAAUUGCCGCAGCUGAGCAGCGUGAAACCUAGUAUGAUGAUUCCAAAAUACUGGCUGGGUUUGUUGGCUGCCAUGGGCAACAUCGCUACCGUCGCCGCAUGUGUGAUCCUUGCUGUAUCACGCCGUUUGCCGCGUUCUCAGUGUUCGUCGGAGGGUAAUACAGGUAAUCUUGUGGUUGACUUUUGGUUUGGCCGUCCGCUGCGACCACGUUGGUUCGGUUUGGAUUGGAAAAUGGUCGUUCAUCGCCCAGCAGCAAUCGGCUUAUUGCUCGCGGAAGUUACUUUUCUGUGUGCACAAUGGGAACGAUAUGGGCGCAUCAGUCCGGCUUUGGCCGUCCUGGUUGCUUUGCAUUCCAUCUGGCUGGUGGAUGCCGUUUCUGUUGAGCACACAUUGGCCACCUCUUUCGAGGUCCUUCAUCAUGGGUUAGGAUAUCGCUCGCUUGGAGGAGCGCUGCUGUUCCCUUUCCUGUACGGCUUACCUGCAGCCUACUUGUCAUCGAAACCCGAUGUUGGGCGCUUAUUUACACCUACCGGUGAUCCGGUCUAUCAUCAUUGGAUUUUAACUGCAUGUGCCGUCGUUCUUUUCUUCGUGGGUUAUUGGAUCUAUCGAUCGUCCAACAACCAGAAGAAUCUCUUCCGCAACCAGCCUAAUCACCCAUCUUUUGCUGAUGUGAGCAAAAUCUCUGGUCCACAUACGCAACGUCUUCUUGCUGGUGGCUGGUGGGGUGUUUUGAGGCAUCCCAAUUACCUCGGGGACCUUUUGAUGGCAUAUGCGGCCUCGCUUCCUUCCGAUGAGGUAAUGCUGCUGACACUGAUGUGUUCAUUAUUGGGACGCGAGCAAUGUUCACCAACUUACGUCAUCCGUGACGUGUUUACGGAACAGCUAAACUUUUUCGUAACAGAGCUUCGUCUGGAUCGGACGACCUUGGACGUCUUCGAACGUUUAGCCGCUGGCAUUUUGUGAUGCACAACCUUCGUAUCUGCGACCGUAUCCAAGCCUUUAGCUCGCUUCGUAGGCGUUUCUAAGCUUCGCUUUGUGGAAUUUACUAUGCCCAAGUCAAGCAUGGCUACAUCCACCGGAUCAGUCCAACACAAGCACUCUGGGGCAUCGUUAUCAAAACUAGCGAUGGAGCAUUCGGUCUUCAAGGUCGCAGCUCUAGGACUUACCGUGUUGCUCGCCCUGAAUCACACAGCUGCAGCUUCUGCACGUCUGAGUUCGGUUACAAUUCUAAACACUUCGAAGUCUGUUUUCAAACCCCGAAAGCCUGUCUACUUAGCCACCUUCAAUGUUCGCACACUGAAGCAAGCAGGUCAACAGGUGGCUCUUGCGCGUACGCUGGAUUCCCUCUGUAUUGAUGUGGCUGAACGCGAAAGAAGCAAGUCCGUUGGGCGGGCCACUCCCAAGCCUCGUGGUCGAACACCAUCGCGGUCUCGAUCGAGCGUGGGAACGCGCCUAAAAGGUGCUCGAGCCCCUGCCUCGGAUUCAAAAGUUGGACGUCGCCUGUCGCCAAGCUCAUCGAGCUCUUCAUCUAGAGGAUCUUCCCGCCAAGCCGCCGCUCGAAAACGUGUUUCGGAUGUCUCUGGGCCCAAACGCGGUCGACCCUCAUCCGUCCGCCAGCUGAAUCACACUGGGAGUUCUCCAGCGAUAACCCCAAAUAGUCGUACCGGUCGCCAGAAUGUAUCAGUUUCUCCGUGUCCGGUAAGAAAACUACCCGGUCGCUGUGCCGAAUUCUGCGGCAAAUUGUUUCGUGAGGCAAUAUGCCCUUCACCGCUUCUGGCUGCUCUACUUUCGGUUUCCUUCUUACCAUUUGUCUUGUGGCUCAACCUGUGGGUGUUCACGCCGGCUUCUUCACAAGGAUCCACCAAGGCCCUCUGGGGUCCCGCGUAUCAGUUCGCGGGUGUACUCUGGCCAACCGAUUGGCACGUCUAUUUUGACUACCGCUGUCACAGCUUCGUACUGUCCUAUUUGUUUCUACACUUCUUGGUGGCUCGUUUCAUUCCUUCUGGGUAUCGAUCAAACAGUAACACUGAUGCACGUCGGUCGGGUUAUAAAGCAAAUGGUCUGUUCGCUCUCCUUCUGUUCGUCGCAAUCUACGCGGUGGCUCAAUUCGGCCGGUUUACUCAGUUAGACGCGGUGAGACCCAGCAUGCUGUUUCCCAAGCAUUGGUUGGGUUUGUUGGCUGCCGCGGGACAAAUUGCCACGGUUGCUGCUGUCGUUGCCUAUUUUACUUCACGCCGACUGCCGCGCUCUCAGUGUGCACCGGAAGGGAAUACAGGUAAAUUCCCGAUUGAUUUCUGGGUUGGGCGUCCUCUACGCCCCCGUUGGUUCGGAUUGGACUGGAAGAUAGUCAUCUACCGACCCGGAGUGAUUGGCUUGCUGCUUGCGGAAGCCACCUGUCUAUGUGUGCAAUGGGAGCAGUACGGACGUGUGAGCCCAGCAUUUGUUCUUCUAUUUGUCCUACAUCUCGUCUGGGUUGCUGACUUUAUGGCCUUCGAGGUUCGUCACGAAGGAUUCGGAUACUACACUAUUUUGGGGGCGCUGAUGAUUCCUUUCGUGUAUAUCUUGGGUGCGGCGUACAUGUUGCCGAAACCAGACCUUGGGAAGCUGUUUACACCUACUGGUGUACCUAUCUACCAGCACUGGGCUUUGAACAUCCUCGCCGUGGUUCUGUUUCUGGUGGGCUACUGGAUUUAUCGAUUUUCCGACAACCAAAAGGACCUUUUCCGUCGCCAACCAAAUCAUCCUUCAUUUGCCGACCUUGCGAGCGAUAUGAACGCCCAAGUCGGUCAUCUGAGCUCCUUGGAAUCGCAUUUGGACGGUCGAUUCGGAGUCAAUACUUGUCACACAGACAACGGAGAUCGACUCCUCCAGUUGUGUGCUGAUCUCGAACUGUUUCUGGCCAGUACAAACCUUCAGCAUAGGUGUUCGCAUCGCGUAACCUGGCAGCUACCAACUGCGAAUCAACCAUGGACCAAGUUUGAUCACAUGGCCAUCAGCCACCGGCAGAGAGCUACAGUUCAAGACUGCCAGUCCUUCCGGGGCACACGGUGCCAGCACGCCUGA